CACGGUCACGUGGGCGAUUCCACACACGAAAACGCACACACACACACAGUCUGACGUUUUAACAGAUUCUUCAACAACACAAACACCCACAACAACACCCACAACCACAACAACAACACCCACAACCACAACAACAAACCCCACCCCACCACACCCCACGCCCGCUCCAUCCCGAGCAAUGUCCGGGCGAUUCGAAGUUCGCCAGGCGGCGGAGAGCGACUGCGCUGACAUCGUGCGCCUGAUCAAGGAACUUGCCACGUACGAGAACCUCCUGGACCAGGUGGACAUCACAGAGGAGGACCUCCGUCGUGAUGGGUUUGGAGGGAAGCCGCUCUUCCACUGCCUGGUAGCCGAGGUGCAGCAUCAGCAUCAGCAAGCAGGGGCCAUGCUGAUUGGCUACGCUCUGUUCUACGACACCUACAGCACCUGGGUGGGGCGCUCGGCAUACCUGGAGGACCUCUACGUCACCACAGAGUUUAGAGGAAGAGGAGUUGGCAAGGAUCUCCUGCGGAAGGUUGCGGAGGUUUGCCGGCUGAACGGCUGCGUGCGUCUCACUUUGUCUGUGCUGGACUGGAACGCCCCGGCCAUGGACUUCUACCGGGCACGGGGCGCCAGCGACCUCACAGCCGCCGAGGGCUGGCACCUCGUCCGCUUCCAGGGGGCCGCCCUCGCCUCGCUGGCCGUGGUGGGGGGGGGGUCGAGACUCUGA